AUGGCUAAUAAUCCUACUUUCAAACCAUCACCAUUGUCCUUUGGGUCGCCAAGGGCAUCGCCCUUCCGGCGACCAUCCACUCCGAAUUCCCCGCCCUCCGCCAGUCGUGGAGGAAAUACCCCAGGGAGCUCACCGAGUCGGGCGUAUACUCCCAUGGUAUCGCCCAGCAAGCUAAACCAAACAUACACAGUGGAGGAUGGCGAAUCGCGGUCACCAAAGAGCGAGCCUCCAAUCCCUCAACCCAACUUUGCCAGAGAACUUCCUCCCUCCCCAACAAAGGGCGCGCGCUCGCCGGGAAAUCUAUCGCCGAUCGCAAGUAGCAGGACUACAGGGUUUGCAGGCCCCGCCGGCGACGCUGCGGGAAAGCUAGCCCCGCACCAAGUAAGGGAGAUCAGAGAGGCUUUCCAGGUCUUGGACCGGGACAACGAUGGACUAGUCAACAAGGAUGAUGUGAUUGAUGUGCUUACAACUUUGGGUCAAGACUCGUCCCCAUCUACGCUUUCGCGCUUCUUCCCACCCGCAGGAAGUCAGACUAUCAACUUUCCAAAUUUCUUGAAUACAUUGUCUGGACUCAUGGCAUCAAUGUCACCUUCUCAUGAGCUUCUCAAUGCCCUAGCUGCAUUUGAUGAUGAUGACAACGGACAAAUAGACGUGGCAGAGCUUCGUGAUGCUCUCUUACAUACUGCUCCAGAAGAUGGAGAGACACGGUUGAGCGAGAGAGAGAUUGAUGAGGUCUUCAGUGGAUUUAUCGGACGACGAGCGUUUACCGGUCGGGGAUCCAAGACCGGGGGUAUGACUAAGAGGGGUGAAGUCUUCCAGUACCAUGACUUUGUGCGCAGUGUUGUUGGUGGUGAGAAUGCAAAUAAUGUGAAACGGGAGGGAGAUGCAGCACAGGCAUGA